UAGAAGGUAUCGAAAAUAGCCGUAUCUGUAUUCUAGGGUCACCUUGGUCUCUAGCACCCUACCUCAUUAGCACCUAAAGAGAAAAUAAAUACCCGUUAUGCCAUCUGUUAAACAGCUUCUACAAUGUCAGAAUCCAGAAGAAUGCUUUCUUCGUAAGCCAACUGAAGCUGGACGUUUCUCUUUGGACGCGGAGCGAAAAUUUCAUCACGAUAGGUCCGCAAUGUCGUGCUUCUGUCCACCAGUCAGAAACAACAGACUGCUUUACACCCUGGACUUAAAUGAUGGUUAUAACACAGAUCGAUUUAUUAAAAGGGAUGAAAAUGUAAAAGAAAAACUGGAUAACAUGCUGCAUUGGUUGCUUUUGAAUAAAAACCGUUUCGUUACUGACGAGCGCCGGGCUAAUAAGACUAAUGUAAUUGGAGCUUAUCCUGACUUUGUUCUCUGGAGGGGACACCUUUCAAAAAUGAUGUGCACCCCAUUUGAAAAGCGUGAAGGCUGGGAAAUGGCCAUACAGAAGAUGGGAAAAACAAUUUACAUCAGUGAGGUUGAAACUGUUGAAGCAAUGGCCAAACGUGCAAAUUUAAGCGAACGCGAAAGAUUAAUGACCUAUUGGGGUGUUCGUUUUGAGGGUUAUAUGACUGGAAAUUUUCCCAAACCAGGUCAAAACCUCAAGCCCAAAAACCUUAUGGAAAGCAAACAGACAGUAACAAACACUAAUACAGCAUUUUGCUCAGUGUUGCGGUCAAGACUUAAUAGUCGACACAGCUUAAUCUAUGGGGCAGAGGUAGAUUGUUGUUUACCAGUUGAAGUUGUUUUUGCCCCGGACUCGUAUGUCGAGUUAAAAACAAGUCGAAUGUUUGAUUCAUUUAGACAAGAAAACAGUUUCUACAAAUUUAAGGCACGAAAAUGGUGGGCACAAUCAUUUUUAGCAGGUGUUCCUCAAAUAACCUGUGGCUUCCGUGAUGACAGAGGGUUUGUCACUGAAUUGUGCGAUUUUAAAACGUUAGAACUUCCAUCCAAAACUGAUGCUUGGAACAGUCAGACUUGCCUGGUGUUUCUUGACAAUAUCUUGCAGUUCAUAAAAGAAAUGAGCCAAGACACUAAUGCUCAUAGUGUCAGUAAAGUUGCACUGUUAAAAUACAGACCACAAGAACAAUAUAUUUUAUAUGAAGUGUCAGAUUCUAAAGAGUUUUGUUUUCUACCAGAUUGGUUCGUCAAAGCAAUGAGAGACCUGUAACUUUUAUAUAAAAUUUAUUUUUAUAUUUUGAAAUACAAAGCUAUUUUGCAUAAAAAUGCAUCUAUGCCAUAUUAACACUUGUCCGUAUAAAAGCCAGAAUGUUUCAAGUUAUAUAAAAAUCAAAGCGAGCUUGUGUUAAAAUAUAGCUGUGCAUAUUUCCACACUGCAUUGUUACAUUACAAUAGUCAUUGGAUUUUAAAAAAUCUAAAUCAUGAAGAUAAUGUGAUGUGUAUAAAGGAUAUUACUAGUGAUGUAUAUCAUAAAUUAAACUAGUGGGACUACUGCUAACAUAAUACAAAAUUGUGCCGUGUUGUGUCUACUAGA